CAGGUACCACCUCAUUUGCGGCAGGAAUUCAAGAUCAUGAGGGAUCUUGAUCAUAAAGUUCAAGAAAUCGUCAACGAAGCUCAAACAAAAACUGAUGAGCUCUUGCAAUUUGCUAAAAGUUUACCAAAAGAGGAACGCAUAAAGCGAGUUCGUGAAAUACAACGGCUGUACAAGAAAGGUGUGGAAAUAAGUAAUGACAAAGUGUCCAGAGCUGAAAAUGUAUAUGAACUUGUGGAUAAACAAAUUCGUCGCCUCGACGCCGACAUGUUCGAAUUCAAGAAGUCUUUAGCGGAAAAAGAACUGAAAAAAACGCAGAAGAAAUCAGAUUCUAAUGUUUCCCCGAGGUCGGUACAGCUUCAACCUAUUUCUUCCGGCUGCACCUCGAUACCCGCAACCGCUGCACUGGCGUUGGCCUUAACCAAUAAUCCCGGUGAAGUCCUAGAUAUGCCUGUCGACCCAAACGAACCUACCUACUGUCUUUGCCAGCAGGUUUCUUUUGGAGAAAUGGUUGCCUGUGAUAAUAGGGACUGCCCCAUUGAAUGGUUUCAUUUUGGCUGCGUGGGCUUAACAAGCAAACCUCGAGGUCACUGGUACUGCCCCAACUGUUCGAACUCUGCUCCUCGCAAUAAAGAUGAAUGA